AUGGCUGGACAUUACCACGUUUACAUCAGGUUCGGGGGACAACAUUGCGUCCGAUUUCUAGCGCACGGUCGAGGCAUCAUUGCCACGGAUGGGUUGGAGCUAUUCGAAUGGGUGCGCAAUCCUGCGAACCUGGCUCGAUUGAGAAAUGGACUCAAGUACACCUACGAAGUGCACGACAAGGAGCUCAGGGCGUUCCUCAAGUUUAAGAUGUCGGAAAGCCAGAGCUAUGUCGCUCGGCAAUUGGAGAUAUAUGAGAACGCCGAGGAGCUGCUGGAGGAUCUUGAGCAAGAGCGCGCUCGUUUCGGCCUGCUUCGGAACGGUGUGGACAAGCUUGAGACGAUAGCCAACGCGACGGACAUCUUCACCAUUCCACGAACAGCCGCAAGACGGAGAACCGAUGCUCCCGGGUGGCUUUACAUGUUGGACAUGGACGAGGACACGCUGGAGGUUUACGAGUCCAAGAACUACAAAUCAAACGAACCGAGACUCACUAUCGAGACACUGCAACGGCGCAGACCCUCCGCACCACCCGGGUACUACAUCGAAAUGAAGAUAUCCGAACUCCAGGCGAUGUGGAAGAAGGAGUGGAUAGCGACACACCAGAAGCACGCAACAGAUUUGGCAGACUUGUGGGAGCUGAACGAAGCUCAACUGCAGCAGGUGCCCCAUGCGGACAAUCUGCCGUUUGCGGUGCUGUACGGUAGUGCAUUUGGCGGCAACACGGCUGACGGCAUGGAGAGGCGUCGACCGAUGCGGUUGACUGGGGCAAGGAUACAGGAGGUCAUGGCGAUGGUUCAGCGCGGAAGACCGUCCAAAUUGCGGAAGCCUGCGAGGCCAGCUCCGAGGCGACGCGCGAGACAUACCCGAGAGCUGGCAUCAAUUUUGAGUCUGCGGGAACACCUGGCUCGAGACGAGAUGCGGAAACACAGGAGAAGAUGA